AUGCGAGGAUGGCUCCGUCCUACUGACCGCGCAGCCGUUUUGGGGCUUCCCGUUGUUGCACAGACGUCGUCCAAGCGCACGAGCACCCGCGAGCCGUUCUCGGCAGCGGUGCUGACCUUUUCAGAGCUCGCGGGUGCUGACGUGGUAGGCGAAAUGGGGAGGGUAACGACCUCUCAGAGGGCUGAAUUUGAGGUCGAUGCGGUGGAGGAGGAGGAGAACUUGCAGUAUUCCAUCCCGCCUUCCGCCACUGGCGUCGUGGAUGUUGACGCAGAAGGCGACAGGGAAACCGGUGCACUUCAAGUGGCAUCUUCACAUCGCAGUCGAUGGACCCACGACGGUACGACGGCAAGUAUGUUGACUCCCGCGGUGCAUCGCCACCUCGUGCGUGAUUCAGUUGUGCUGUCGUACCGCGACAACUGCUGUGAUGGCUUGCAGACCGCCGCGUGGGCAACCCUCGAGGGGGUGUUGUCCGCUCCAGAAAAGGCCGAUGAGCUGCUCGCGAUUGCGGUGGACGAAAGCCAUAUCUUUCUUCGGCGCGGAGGCCGCGUGGGGACGCAAGCAUCGAGCCCACGCAGCACGUACUCGUCCAUGCCGAGUCUGUGCGUGUGGAAAACGGAGCUCGCAGAAGGACAAAGCGAGGGCGUCAGGCAGAGCGCUAAUCCGCACACGUCAGCUACGCAGCAAGCCGACGAACUGUCCUCCGCCAACCGCAGCAGUGCUCUCCCCGUGUACUCCACACAGUGGAAACAAGAAGCCAGCAUCCUCCUGCCCCACGCGCAGAAUCAACUUUUUCGUGUUCGUCCACGUAAUGGGGCGCAGUCGUCCAUCGUCUUCUCUGGCCUUCCAGGCGACGGCGCAAGCACCAGCGAUCGAUGUCAAGCGGGGUUUGUGGCGCUCUCCUCUGCAGCGGUGUCGCUGGUGCACGCACGGGAUGAAGGCGCAGAACUGACACCGCUGGAGCACGUCUCUUUCGACGGCGAAGUGGCGGUGAAUGCGACCUGCAUGGACGAUUGGGGGCCUCACAGCCUCGUGGUUUGUUUCUCUGACGGUACCCUCCGCGUCGUUGACUGGCGAAUGCCGUGUGCUAGCGCGUCGCCUUUGUCUUCACCCUCCUACGCAGAGGCACCAGGCAGCAGGGGUGCACAGACGAACUUCUGCAUGACGCGAGCACCGCAGCCUCGCUGGCUCGGCACGCGACAGCGCAACAGCCUUGCCUUCACCUCCGUCGCUGGGAUACUGUCGUGCUGUGCGCUGGAGGACAGCUUUCGCGUUGUCUGCGGUCUCGGCGACGCGUCAGGCGCGGUGGUGGUCGCCGACCUGCGUAAGCCAGAUGCCCCAGUUGCUCAAAAACGGGGUCGUCGCAGCACGGUGGACAUGCAGAAGGGCCGUCUCUUUUCCGAUGUAGGCGGGCACGCGCCCACGGGUCGCGCGAUCACGGAAAUUUGCCGCGAUGCACAGCACUUUGGCCGCGUUGGCGUAGUCGAUUUGGCCGGCACGGCGGUCGUGACGCAUAUUAGUGUUCUCGAGGACACCGGUGAAGCCCUCAUUGCUGACGGCAGACCUCUGCAGGGGCGACAGCGUGUGGACAACGAGUUGUCGCGUUCAAGAGAGUCGGCGAGAUCGCUGGGGCCUUCCUUCAACCCAUCUCGGCGAGGAGCUCGGCUGCCGUCACCGCCGUCCCCGUGGCAGAUCCUCUCCCGCGCGGAGAGGACAGCAACCUCCUCUGCAUUGUCGCUGAACAGCACUUCUCCGACCACACGGAUGCUUGCCGGACGUACUGAUACCCCCGUGCAGCCCCUCUUAGGCCGCAGUGGUUUCUGUCCACGUUGCACAUUCACAAGUGAUGGAAGCUACUUUGUGCACACUGAAGCAGGCAGCAGAAUGAGCGCCACUCUGCGUUGCCUCUCGAGUACAACAGGCAGCCACGGAUCACGUCCAUCCGGCGCAUCGUCACGUACAACGCACCUGCGAUUCGCCCCAGCUGUGUCACACAACCCCGCUGCUCUGUCGACCUCUUUUGUAGCGGUGUCGAGUGUGGACCGGCUGGUGUGCUUCGAUACAAGCGAUGGUAACACCUUAUCGAUACUGCUGAAGUAA